AUGGCCGACGCAGCAGGUUGGAGCACAAUCGAAUCAGACGAGGGUGUUUUCACCUCUCUUGUCGAGAAUCUCGGCGUCAAGGGCGUCCAGUUUGAAGAGCUGAUCUCUCUCGAUCCCGACACGAUACGCUCACUAGGAACAGUCUACGGCGUUAUCUUCCUCUUCAAAUACCUCCGCGCCCCCGCAGCCAGCAACACCCAGACACAAGACGGCACCCCCGCAACCAACCUCCCCGAGAACUUCUUCUUCGCAAACCAAACAAUCCAAAAUGCCUGCGGCACCCAAGCCAUCCUCUCCGUCCUCCUAAACCACGACACACCCACCCCCGAAAACCACCAAACCCCAAUCUUUCUCGGCCCCGAGCUCUCCUCCUUCAAGGACUUCACAACAGGCUUCCCCUCCGACCUCCGCGGCGAAGCCCUCUCAAACUCCGAAACAAUCCGCACCGCCCACAAUGCAUUCGCCAAGGCCAGUCCCUUCGUCGACGAGACAAGCCGGCCCCAGAACGAAGACGAGGAAGGAGACGUCUACCACUUCAUCGCAUACACGCCCGUGGACGGGGAGCUGUACGAGCUUGACGGGCUGCAGCCGGCGCCGAUCUCGCAUGGGCCUUGUGAUACGGACACAUUUCCCGAGAAGGUGAUUGAGGUGCUGCAGCGACGGAUUGCGCGGUACCCCGAGACCGAGACGCGGUUUAACCUUAUGGCUGUUGUGAAGGAUUUGAGGAUCCGGGCCGGCGAGCUUGGUGAUUUUGAGGCGCUGCGCACGGAGGAGAGGAAGCGCGCCGGAUGGGCUUGGGAGAAUUCGCUGCGCAGGAGCAAUUUUGUAGGUUUUAUUGGGGAGGUUCUGAAGGGCGUUGUUGGCGGGAAGGAGGCGGAGGGGGAGGGGGCUAUUGAUGCGUGGGUCAAGAGGGCUGAGGGGGAGACAGAGAAGAGGUUGAGGCGUUAG